GUGCCUCUCCCACACUCUCCCAUCCUGUGCCCUGCAGAGCCCCAGGCAGGGCUGCAGUUCCACCCCAGCUCCCUCCAUGCUGCGCUAGGAGUUGUUCCCAGCCCCAGCUCCGUGCCCAGCAGUGCCCACCUGAGAGCCAGGCCUGGGAUGUGCCCACAUCAGCCGUGGACGCCCCUGACCUCCCUGACCUGGCUCAUGAGGGCUGUCUCUGUCUCCAGGCACCCCGCUUGAGCCAUGGGCACCCCAGCUGAGUUGCUGGCACCGUGGUGCACAACUUCCCCAGGGCUCCCCUGGCUGGGCCCCAUCCCAUGGGCAUGGUGCCCGCUGGCCUCUCACAGAGCCGUGGGGCUGGGCAGGGGCAGAGGGCCCGCGCCACGUCGCUGGGCGUGUGCCACCAUCGGAGAUGCAUCUCCCGCACAGGUGAUCAGCGGAGGGCACUAUGAUGUGGACUGCUACGUGGAGGACCCCAACGGCAAGACCAUCUACCAGGAGACCAAGAAGCAGUACGACAGCUUCUCGCACCACACCGAGGCCAAGGGUGUCUACACCUUCUGCUUCAGCAACGAGUUCUCCACCUUCUCCCACAAAAUCGUCUACUUCGACUUCCAGGUGGGCGACGAGCCGCCCAUCCUGCCCGACAUGAACAACCGCGUCACCGCCCUGACACAGCUGGAGUCUGCCUGUGUCACCAUCCACGAGAUGCUGAAGGCGGUGAUCGACUCCCAGACCCACUACCGGCUGCGGGAGGCGCAGGACAGGAGCCGAGCCGAGGAGCUCAAUGGCCGCGUCUCAUACUGGUCAGUGGGGGAAACCCUCAUCCUCUUCGUGGUCAGCAUCGGGCAGGUGGUGCUGCUCAAGAGCUUCUUCACCGAGAAGAGACCCAGCGGCGGCGGAGCUGGCACCUAGAGCUGCUGGCUGUGCCCGAGUGCAGCGGGCAGCGGGACGGACACUGCGCCUCUGAUCUGUGCCGGGACAGGCCGGGGUGGGACGGGGGGUGACACUGCUGAGCUGGUGACACAGCCGCCCAAGGACAGGCGUCCCCAGCAUCACCUCCCGUUUGCCAUCGUCUGGCCGACCCUGUCCCCUCGCCUGGCCAGCCUGUCCCCGUUCUCUGGCUGCACUGGGGAGCAGGGGGGACCAGCACAGCACAGCACCGGGGCACCCUCGGGACUGGGACGGGACUGGGAUUUUA